AGGCUAGCCUAUCUGAUGGCUCUAUGGGGCGUCGUCAGCCUCAGCCUUCACUGCUGGGUGUGUUUACGGUCUGCAGUAACAGCAGUAGCAGCAACAGCCAGCCUCCCCAAUGACAAGCCCGGGGGCCCCCUGGACUGGCUCCUGUCGGAUAAAGGGCCCUUCCACCACUCCCCAGAGUACAUAGACUUUGUGGAGAAGAACCGGCAAGGCUUCUCCACCAGAUACAAGAUAUACAGAGAGUUUGGGAGAUGGAAGGUGAACAACUUGGCGGUGGAAAGGAGAGAUUUCUUGGAAUCUCCAUUACCUUUGACACCUGAGUUCAUCAGGAACAUUCGACUCCUGGGCCGCAGGCCCACCACCCAGAUGAUCACUGACAAUCUGAUCAGGAAGUAUGGGACUCACUUCCUGUUGUCAGCUACACUGGGAGGCGAAGAGGCAUUAACGAUAUUUGUAGACAAGAGGAAACUGAGUAAGAAAGCAGAGGUGAGCGAUUACUCGAGUAACUCCUCCACUGUGACUCUGGAAGCUCUGCACCAGCUGGCUGCCUCCUACUUCAUCGACAGGGAGAGCACCCUGCGCAAGCUGCACCACAUCCAGAUUGCCUCCACUGCCAUCAAGGUGACAGAGACCCGCACAGGUCCUCUUGGAUGCAGUAACUAUGACAACCUUGACUCUGUUAGCUCUGUGCUGGUUCAGAGCCCUGAAAAUAAAGUCCAGCUGCAAGGCUUGCAGGUGAUCCUUCCAGACUACUUGAGAGAAAGUUUUGUGCAGGCUGCUCUCAGCUACAUAGCCUGUAAUGGAGAGGGUGAAUUUGUCUGUAAGGACAGCGACUGCUGGUGCAACUGUGACCCCAAGUUCCCAGAGUGCAACUGCCCCUAUAUGGACAUCCAAGCCAUGGAAGAGAGCCUGGAGAGGAUCACAGAGACCUGGGCGAUGCUCUAUAAAGAGUUUGAGGAAUCGGAUGAAUUCAAGUCGUUCUAUGCGAGGCUGCCCCAGAACUAUUUCAUGAAUGUGUCAACCAUCCAACACUUGUGGUCGAUGGACAACUUGUUCCAGUGGCGAUAUGAGCAGCUGGAGAACAGCAUGCGGGUCCUCUCAAGACGAGCCCAGAGAGUCAUCUUUAAGCUCUUCAGUCUCAGUAAAAGAUGUCACCGACAGCCCCAAGUCCGCCUCCCAAGAGAACGGCCUCAGUCCUACUGGCUGAGUCACUUCCAGUCUCUCCUGUAUUGCUCAGAGAACAACCAGCUUGGGGCAUUCUCUGAAGAGCUUCACAGCUGCAGCUGCCGAUAUGAACACAGCCCAUGUCAGCUGCCGCCGCCCUGCUCUAUUGGGGAAGGCUUGGCUUGUGCGGCAUGCGCACCAGACAACCACACCCGCUGUGGGAGCUGCAACCCGGGCUUCGCCCUAACGCAGGGGGCCUGCAGGCCCAUGAUGGCAGACUCUACAGAGAACUACCUGGGAUUUGAGACGGACCUUCAGGAUUUGGAGCUGGGCUACCUACUGCAGAGAGCUGACCGCAGGCUAGAGGUCCACGCAAUUUUCAUCAGUAAUGACAUGCGACUGAACAGUUGGUUUGAUCCAUCAUGGAGAAAGAGGAUGCUGCUGACGCUGAAAAGCAACAAAUACAAAUCAAACAUGGUCCACAUGUUGCUGGGAAUAUCCCUCCAGAUCUGCCUUACAAAGAACAGCACCCUGGAGCCAGUCCUUACUCUCUACAUCAACCCCUUUGGUGGGAGCCACUCAGAGAGCUGGUACAUCCCUGUCAAUGAGAACAAUUUUCCCGACUGGCAGGCCACCAAGCUGGAUCUACCCUUCGAGUGCUAUAAUUGGACUCUGACACUGGGAAACAAGUGGAAGACAUUUUUUGAAACCAUUCAUAUCUACCUUCGGAGCAGGAUAAAGACUCAAGAUGGAGUGAAUGACAGCAUUUAUUAUGAGCCUUUAGAAAUUACAGAUCCUGCUCGGAACCUGGGCUACAUGAAGAUCAACAGCAUCCAGGUCUUUGGCUACAGCAUGCACUUUGACCCAGAGGCGAUCCGUGACUUGAUUUUGCAGCUGGACUACCCAUACACCCAAGGUUCCCAAGACACGGCAAUGCUUCAGCUUUUGGAAAUACGAGACCGGGUGAACCGGCUGUCCCCUCCGGGUCAACAGAAGUUGGACCUGUUUGCUUGUCUUCUCCGGCACCGGCUCAAACUGACUGCCAGUGAGGUGGUUCGCAUCCAUGCUUCCUUACAGGCCUUCAGCUCACGUCUGCCCAAUUCAAUGGAUUACGAGACCACCAAGUUGUGUAGUUAACAGCUGCUUGAAGGAAGAGCUGGACUGUAAAUGGCUUCAAGGAGAACUCCUGGACGUAUGACUUGUGCACAUUGUGGUGCAGAUGCUUACAGUUGCGCUCUGUCUUUAUGGAUUACUAAACUGUAUGGUAAAUCAGGAGAGAACCACCUGUGGACAGCUGAAGAAUGUACUCAUCUGGUUUCUGUUUUGUUGCAACUACCUUCAGUGCUAUAUCAUAAAGAAUGAGGUGGAUCAGCAAGAAAAUGCACAACUGUUUCACAAAAACAAAGUCACAACAAAAGAAUUCUACAGUAGAAAUUCAGAUACCACUACAUAAAAGUUGAACCAUCCUGUUUCAAUAUGACUCUGCUCAUUUAUACUGUAAGUACCAAUGCCAAAUGAAUGGACAUUUUAUGGUAAAAAUGAUAGUCUGUUUGUAUGUAAUUUUUAUAUGUUCCUUUGCUUCAGUGACAGUGCACUUUCCAUGAUGACAAGA